AUGGCCAUCACGUGGCAACCCCCUUUGGAUUACAGGAACAGACCUGUUGCAGUCUUGGGUGCGGGCGUUCUGGGCCGUAGAAUAGCUUGCAUCUGGGCAUCAGCAGGAUACGACGUGCGGAUACGAGAUCCUAGUGCGCAGCAGCGAAGCGACGGCAUUACCUAUGUCGAGGAAAAUGUAGCCGCAUACUCUCAGAAGACCGGAAAGACACCAGGCAAGGCACAGGCUUUCGAUAAUAUUCAAGAAGCUGUUGAAAAUGCUUGGCUUGUUAUAGAAGCUGUUCCGGAAAAGAUUCAGCUCAAGAUUGAUACCUUUGCCGAGCUGGACGCGCUUACACCGGCCGACUGCAUCCUGGCCUCGAAUUCAUCCUCAUACAAGUCUUCCGAAAUGAUUGAGAAGGUGUCCGCUGCGAGAAAGUCACAGAUCUUGAACAUGCACUACUAUAUGCCUCCGGCGUGCAUGAUUGUGGAACUCAUGACGGACGGUUUCACGACGCAAGAUAUUUUUCCAUUCAUGGUUGAGCGAUCAAAGGAAGCUGCCACAUUGCCAUAUGUCGCGAGAAAGCAAUCAACAGGCUUCAUCUUCAACCGCCUUUGGGCCGCUAUCAAGCGCGAGUCUUUGACGAUUCUAGCCGAGGGAGUAUCCGUCCCAGAGGAAAUCGACUCCCUGUGGACAGAAAUGUUUAUAAAUGGCGGCGCAACACCUUGCAAGAUGAUGGACAACGUCGGACUUGAUACAGUGGCUUUUAUCGAAAGCCAUUACAUCGCAGAGCGUGGACUCUCUUCUGAGAAGACUGUCGACUUCUUGCAAGCACAAUACCUGGACCAGGGCAAACUGGGAACUAAAUCCGAGAAAGGUGGCUUCUACCCUUCCUCAGAGGCCAAGUCUGCUACGACCAACGGCCACUCGAAUGAGCCCAAAAUUAUUGUCUUGGAUGUUGGUCUGGCUGCCGAUGCGCCAAACCUACGCUCAGGAGGCCAAAUUCUCCAACUAGGCCUAGACGGAAAGAUUGAAAAAGUUUUGGUCGGUGGCACGUCAAUGCCCGAUGGCCUUGAUAUAGAUCAAGAAAGCGGCCGCAUGUUCUGGACCUGUAUGGGUGUUCCGGGAAACACUGAUGAUGGCGCCAUCUACUCCGCUAAUGUUGAUGGCACCGAUAUCCGCACCGUCCUUGCUCCUGGUUCUGUCAACACUCCCAAGCAGCUGGCCCUUGACCGCGAGUCAAAGAAAAUUUACUUUUCUGAUCGUGAGGGCCUCUCUGUUUACCGAUGCAAUUUCGACGGCUCCGAUCUAGAACUGCUGAUCAAGACUGGGGACGCUGAGAAUCCAGAGGAGAAAGAAGAUAACACAAAGUGGUGCGUUGGUAUCGCUGUGGUCCCCAAACUGGGCAAAUUCUACUGGACCCAAAAGGGCCCCUCCAAGGGCAACAAAGGUCGCAUCUUCUCCGCCAAUAUAGCAACCCCCGCAGGCCAAUCUGCCCAAUCAAGAGACGACAUUGUGUGUCUCUUGGGUGGUCUUCCCGAGCCAAUUGACCUGGAGGUGGAAGAAGAGACGAAUACCCUCUAUUGGACUGAUCGUGGCGAAUUGCCUUUCGGAAACACGUUGAACAAGGCUCAGUUGGAUGGCGCUGGGCUUUUGGCGAAGUCUGCUUCUCCCAGGGGAUAUGAGAUUCUCACAAAACAUUUCAAGGAAGCAAUUGGCCUCAAGCUGGACACUAAGAACGGUCACAUUUAUGUGGCUGAUUUGGGCGGCUUCAUUUACCAGUGCGAUCUCGAUGGCAAGAAUAAGAAGGUUAUUCAUUCAGACGACUACCGGGCCUUUACAGGCAUUAACCUCUUAUAAGUGGUGGAUGGGAGUUUCUGUUGUGUAUAGGCAUAGAAGAAAAGAUUUCAUACUUUUAGAUUCGUAUAGAUUUCAUAAUUGAUACAUCACAUUGCUGCCAUUGAAGCAAUGAUCCG